AUAUCAAAGAUGAUAAUCCAUACAUCCGGAUGUCUACCAACCGGAAGUGACGUAUCGCCUUUCACUCCUUCUUCAACAUUCAAUAUGACCAGCGACAAUACCACAUUUCCAGCCGUCUAUAACACCGGAAGUUUUUAUAUGCCACGAUUUGAAAAUCAAGCGGAUGUAUACCUAAGAUGUAAACUGGAUUUCUGCUUUCGGUUUGAUGACGCAUCCUGUACUACGGAUACAUGUCAGAAUAGAAAACGUCGCGAUGCAGAGAGCGAUUCUGACUCAACGGUAUUAGGAGUACACGUAACUGUUACAGCGAAGAAAUCGGGACAAUAUCAUAGUUCACCAGACAAGUCACUUGCCGCGGAGGAGUACUGUUUGCAAGACCAUGGAUUUUUAGGGGUGAUUGGUGUCCUUAGCUUUCUCACGUUAACCGCAAUUGGGGUGACGUCAUACCUCUAUUGUAGGGUCCGAAGGACAUACAAACAGGAAAUAUAUUAAGGUUGUAUAAUACCAUUACAUAAACACUGAUUAUACAAACAGUUUGUGUCAUGUGUGUUAAUGUAUUUCCACAAAAUACCUUAAUAAUAUGUUUAUGUUAUGAAUCCUUUUUUUCAAGAUAGAACUAACAGAAGUACGUAUGUUCAUACUGAUUUUGGUUGAUCUGCCAGUCGUAUUAAGCAAUGUGACAACUUUGACGCACUCAUGCACAGUUAUUUUCUAAGGGUGAGCAUUAUGUAAAAGCAAUACGUUUUUGUUAUAAUUCGAAAUAACUAAAUGGUUGAAUGUAUCCUUGUAAGUAUUGUGAUGCGCUUAUUAAAUAAUAAAGGGUAAAUAUGUUAUACAAGUGUGUUUUAAAUGUGUUCUUGAUAAGUGAUAUAUGUUUAUACAAAGUAUUUACAUGAUUACGAUCCAUGUUGGUAUAUACAAAUAUAUAUUUUACUUUUUAUUCUCGUACAUGUAUAUGUUUACUGUGCGUUCUCUUUGUUUUUUCUCGCCUAAGUAUAAGAUUGAAUUUUAAAUGUUAAAGAUGG